CGAACUAAACUACAAGUGUACUAAAACGAGCCUCCCUUGUAUAAAACCCUCCCAACACACACGGUCCCAAUGAAUGAAUUCAAUUCUCAAUCUUACCGACACACAAGUAUGGACCGGUCCACUUUGAUCUUAUCUAUAUUACUCACACUCACCGCUACGAACACGACCUUCUUCUCUCCGGUUCUCGCCGGAACUUUCGACUCAGAAUUCGAUAUCACUUGGGGUGAUGGUCGUGGGAAAGUCCUCAACAACGGAGAGCUUCUCACUCUUUCUCUCGAUAGAGCCUCUGGCUCUGGAUUUCAAUCCAAGAAAGAGUAUUUGUUCGGAAAAAUCGAUAUGCAACUCAAGCUCGUUCCUGGAAACUCUGCAGGAACCGUCACUGCCUACUACCUGAAGUCGAAAGGUGAUACGUGGGACGAGAUUGAUUUUGAGUUUCUUGGUAAUCUAACUGGUGAUCCAUAUGUGAUGCAUACGAAUGUGUAUACUCAAGGAAAAGGUGAUAGAGAACAACAGUUCAAUCUCUGGUUCGAUCCAACGGCUGAUUUCCACACUUACUCUGUUCUAUGGAACCCUCACCACAUCGUUUUCUUGGUUGAUGGAAUUGCGAUAAGACAAUUCAAGAACCUGGAACAUAGGGGGAUUCAGUAUCCGAAACUGCAGCCAAUGAGGCUCUACUCGAGUCUAUGGAACGCGGACCAGUGGGCUACAAGGGGAGGUCUUGUUAAGACAGACUGGUCCAACGCGCCAUUCACCGCUUCUUAUAGGAACUUUAGAGCGGACGCAUGUGUUUCUUUCGCUGGAAAAUCAUCUUGUCCAGCCAGUUCGCCAAGAUGGUUCACUCAGAAGCUUGAUCUAACGGCGGAAGAUAAGAUGAGAGCGGUGCAGAGUAAGUUCAUGGUUUAUAACUAUUGUACGGAUACCAAGAGGUUUCCUCAAGGAGUUCCGAAGGAGUGUAAUAUUCACUAGCUUCGGGAACUUGUGUAGUUAAUUAAGCUUUGGUCCGAAACUCCAAAGCCAGUAAGUAUAUAGGUUCGUUAAAAUUAUGUAUGUAAUGUUGGUGUGUAUUUGGGGUAUAUGUCAAACAAACUCCCCUGUUUCUAUGUACAUACUCAUAAUA